ACACCCGUCCACACCUGCCACCCGUCCUGGUCCCGUUCCUGCUCCUGGACCCGCACCCGGACCCGCAUCUCCACCCGCAUCUCCACCCGCACCGACCCGGUACCCGGUACCGGUACCCGCCCCGGGAACCCCGUCCACACCUGCCGACCCCCCGUGCGCUCUGGUCCCGGACCCGCACCUGCCCCGGACCCGCACCUCCCCCGCACCUGCCCCGCACCGACCCGGGACCCGGACCCGCCGCUGCCCGCAGGGAUGCGGAGCUCCUAACAUGAGGAUCCGCUGUUUCCUCCAUCACACCUCACCCAGAGACGCGCAGAAAAACACGCACUUUGACUGAUCCCAGCGACGGAAAACAUGGGCUGCAUCGGCUCCAAGAAGGAGCAGGAACCCGGCGGCAAAGGAGCCGAGGACCCGCAGGGCCGGAACCAGACGGCCCACUACGUGAAGGACCCCACCUCGGGGCCCCGGGCUGCCAAGACGUCGUCCAACGCAAACUCGUCUGAAGGCGAGAACACGGUGAUCGCGCUCUACGACUACGAGGCAAUCCACGAGGGCGACCUGGGGUUCAAGAAGGGCGACCGGCUCCGGGUCCUGGAGGAGUCGGGCGAGUGGUGGAAGGCUAUGCUAAUUAGCUCCGGCCAGGACGGAUUCAUCCCCAGCAACUACGUGGCUAAAGACACGCUGGAGGCCGAGGAGUGGUUCUUUAAGGGCGUUAGCAGGAAGGACGCCGAGCGGCAGCUACUGGCCCCCGGGAACCGGACCGGGUCCUUCAUGAUCCGGGACAGCGAGACCACCAAGGGAAGUUACUCCCUGUCCGUGCGCGACUCCGACGCUAGCGCUAGCGACACCGUCAAGCAUUACAAAAUCCGGACGCUGGACAACGGAGGCUUCUACAUCUCCCCCCGCAUCACGUUUGGAACGCUGCAGGAGCUGGUCGGCCAUUACAAGAAACAGGGGGACGGCCUCUGCCAGACCUUGUCCUCGCCGUGUCUCAGCGCAAAGCCGGAGAAGCCGUGGGAAAAAGACGCCUGGGAGAUUCCUCGGUCCUCGCUGAAGCUGGAGAGACGACUCGGAGCCGGACAGUUCGGGGAAGUCUGGAUGGCCACGUACAACAAGCACACCAAGGUGGCGGUGAAGACCAUGAAGCCUGGCUCCAUGUCGGUGGAAGCGUUCAUGAUGGAGGCCAAUCUGAUGAAGAGCCUGCAGCACGACAAGCUAGUGCGGCUAAACGCCGUCGUGUCCAAGGAGGAACCGAUUUACAUCAUCACCGAGUAUAUGGAGAAAGGAAGUCUGCUGGACUUCCUGAAGAGCGACGAGGGGAACCGGGUCCAGCUGCCCAAACUCAUCGACUUCUCUGCUCAGAUAGCGGAGGGCAUGGCCUACAUCGAGCAGAAGAACUACAUCCACCGGGAUCUCCGCGCCGCCAACAUUCUGGUGAACAAAGCGCUGGUUUGUAAGAUCGCCGACUUCGGGCUGGCGAGGAUCAUCGAGGACAACGAGUACACGGCUAGAGAAGGGGCCAAGUUCCCCAUCAAGUGGACGGCCCCCGAGGCGAUAAACUACGGCUCCUUCACCAUCAAGUCCGACGUCUGGAGCUUCGGGAUCCUGCAGACGGAGAUCGUGAGCUACGGACGCACGCCGUACCCGGGCAUGACCAACCCCGAGGUGAUCCGGUCCCUGGAGAAGGGCUACCGGAUGCAGCGCUUGGACAGCUGCCCCCCCGAGCUGUACGAGAUCAUGCUGGAGUGCUGGAAGAACAAGCCCGAGGACCGGCCCACCUUCGACUACCUGCAGAGCGUCCUGGAGGACUUCUUCACCGCCACGGAGCGCCAGUACCAGCAGCAGCCCUGAGCCGGUUCUGGACCGGGUCCCUGAGACCUGGUCCUGGACCUCGACCAGGACCAGGACCUCCUCCUGGGUCCUGGUCCUGGUCCUGGAGGACUUCUUCACCGCCACGGAGCGCCAGUACCAGCAGCAGCCCUGAUUCUGGUUCUGGUCCAGAAUUUGAACCAGUUCAAAGUUCAGUCCACAUAGUUUAAAAAUGAACAGUUCACGUUCUUAGUUCAUCAUCUUCACUUUAACCAGUUCAAAUUCAGUUCAUUUCAACAUUUCUAGGUGAGAAGUUUGAAUAAAAAGAUCCUAGAACUGUUCCCUGGAUACAUAGAUGUGUCGUCCUGGUGGAUUUAAACUUUCCUCAGGCUGUAAAUCUAAACCAUGUGGUCUGUUAUCAGUGAGUUUCCUGGUGCAGGUAAAUCAGCCUUGAAGCUGCAGCAGGGACUGGGCUCGUUGGCGGGCGUCUAUCAAUCUAUCUAUCGAUCGAUCGAUCGUUCGUUCGUCAUUCGUUCAUUCAUUCGUUCAUUCGUUCAUUCGUUCAUUCGUUCAUUCGUUCAUUCGUUCAUUCGUCCGUUCGCCGUUCAUUUGUCGUUCGUUGGUUCGUUGGUUUGUUGGUUCGUUGGUUCGUUGGUUCGUUGGUUCGUUGGUUGGUUGGUUGGUUGGUUGGUUGGUUGGUUCGUUCGUUCGUUCGUUCGUUCGUUCGUUCGUUCGUUCGUUCGUUCGUUCGUUCGUUCGUUCGUUCGUUCGUUCGUUCGUUCGUUCGUUCCUUCGUUCGUCCGUUCCUUCGUUCCUUCGUUCCUUCGUUCGUUCCUUCAUUUGUUCCUUCGUUCCUUCCUUCGUUUGGGUCUGUUGGGUCUUCUUGGUCUUUCCUGAUCACUUUGAUUGAUCGUCAAGGACUUGCAGAUAUUUCCUCCCACUGGACGGAGCUUUAACUCCACAUGAUGUUUCAGAAGUGAAGUUGACGAGCCGACGCUCAGACUGGUUUUCUCAGACUGGUUUUCUCAGACUUUUUUUUUUCUCAGACGUCGUCGUCACAGAAAGGUCAGAUUUUUAGUGUCGGACUCUCUGGGACGAUGUGAUAAAUUCCUGCAGAUAAAGAUCAGGAUCAUGUGACGCUGACGCUGCGUCUGCACUGUCUCUCUUCACCUGUCAUUAGUAAAGAUCCACCGGGCUUGGGCGGCCGUUGCCAUGGAGACGGAGCCCCGUGGUAGGAUAGGCUGCACUGCAUCGUGGGUAAUGUAGUGUGAAUAAUCUGAACAGUUCAAAUUCCAGUUCAAGUUUAAGUUCCAGUUCUUUAUUUGCAAACGUGUUGCGUUCAGUUCAACAUUUGAACUCGUUCAUGCACAACACUGUCGUAGCUUAGCGUAGCUUAGCGUAGCUUAGCGUAGCUUAGCGUAGCUCCAGCUCCACCUGAUCACAUGUUUCCAGCUCUGAAACAGUAAUCUCUGCGGUUGAAAGUUAGCCAGGAUGCUAAACCGGCACAUUUACAGAUAUGUUUAUUAAUUGUAAUAAUGAUGAUGAUAAUAAAAGUGCCUUGCUCAGCGGUGAUUGGCUCUGGGCUCGUGGGGGCGGAGCUUCCUCCUGGAUGUUUAAUGACAAUAAUAAUCAUUUUUGAUGCUCAUUAGUCCCUUAACUUAUUAUUAAAUCAUAUUUUGCGGCGGGGACAGAUUUAAGCGUUUAGCUUCUUGUUUCUGUGAAGCUGAGUUUCUACAGACUCACAGGCUUCACAAUAUUUUUGUGUUGGUUUUUUUUUCUUUUGCGAUACAUAUAAAUAAAUAAAACAGUUUGUGAAAUGUUUGGUUUAAACGACUGUAAUACAAAUGUUUAAAUAAACUGUUUAAGAACCA